CUCAACCCAAAAUGUAAAGGGCGCACCAAUGAUUAUCACGCAGUUUACUUGACACUUAUUUAUUUUUUUUGCUAGAGUUAACUUGACACUUUACUAAAAGCUUAAUGUUGCUUCGUUCCGUCGGAAAACAUCUCACCGUGGCUCGCCUCUUCUCUACAGAAGCAGCACGAAGAGGCACCGCCGCCACUAAAUCCGUCGGCGGCGGAGACACGCUAGGGCGUAGGCUUCUGAGCCUUGUGUAUCCAAAACGCAGCGCCGUCAUUGCUAUCAACAAAUGGAAGGAAGAGGGUCACACUCUCCCUCGCAAGUACCAGAUCAAUCGCAUGAUUCGCGAGCUCCGCAAGAACAAACGUUACAAACACGCGCUCGAGGUUUGCGAAUGGAUGAAAUUACAAAAUGAUAUCAAGCUAGUGGAAGGAGACUAUGCUGUUCAGUUGGAUUUGAUAACCAAAGUUCGCGGUUUAAAUAGUGCGGAAAAAUUCUUCGAGGAUCUACCUGAUAACAUGAGAGGCCAACCAACGUGCACCGCCCUUCUUCAUGCCUAUGUCCAAAAUAAUUUGGCUGACAAAGCUGAGGCGCUAAUGUUGAAAAUGUCAGAAUGUGGUUUUUUGCGAAGUCCUCUGCCUUAUAAUCGGAUGAUGUCUCUUUACAUUUCGAAGGGGAAGUUGGAUAAGGUUCCUAAAAUUUUCGAGGAGCUAAAGGUGAACACUUCUCCGGAUGUAACAACCUUCAAUUUAUUGUUAGCUGCUUGUGCCUCGGAAAAUGAUAUUGAAACUGCAGAAAGAGUAUUGCUUCAGUUAAAGAAGGCAAAAGUAGAGCCAGAUUGGGUAACGUUUAGUACAUUGACCAAUUUGUACAUACGCAAUGCUAGCGUAAAGGAUGAUUGCCUUGAAAAGGCAGCAUCUACUUUGAAAGAGAUGGAGAACAGAACCUCACGGGAUACUCGAGUUGCAUAUUCCUCUCUCUUGAGUUUGCAUGCAAACAUGGGGAAUGUGGAUGAAGUUAAUCGGGUAUGGAAGAAAAUGCAGGGUUGCUUUCGCAAAAUGAGUGAUAAUGAGUAUUUUUGCAUGAUAUCGUCACUUCUGAAGCUUGGGGACUUUGCCGGAGUUGAGAAUCUGUAUAGAGAGUGGGAAUCUGUUUCUGGUACCAAUGAUGUCAGAAUUUCAAAUUUACUUCUUACUUCAUAUGUUGACCAAGGCCAGAUGGAAAUGGCUGAAAGUUUUUCUAAUCAGUUAGUGGAAAAGGGUGUCUGUCUUUUGUACCCUACAUGGGAGCUACUUACACGGGGGUAUUUGAAAAAGAAGGAUGUAAAAAAAUUUCUGUAUUAUUUUAUGAAAGCUAUUUCUAGUGUGAACAAAUGGAUUCCAGAUCCCAUGUUAGUCCAAGAAGCAUUCACAGUCAUCCAGGAGCAAGCUCAUAUUGAAGGAGCAGAACAAUUGUUAGUUAUCCUUCGGGAUGCUGAACAUGUGAAUACAAAUAUAUAUAACAUGUUUCUGAAAACUUAUGCUGCAGCUGGUAAAAUGCCUCUCAUUGUUGCUGAGAGGAUGAAAAAGGACAACAUUCAGUUGGAUGAAGAGACACAUAGGCUCUUGGAUCUAACCAGUAAAAUGUGUGUAAGUGAUGUUUCGGGGAUUCUGUCCUAAGCACACAUUGAAGGGGUCUUAAGGUAAAGUAGGAAAGCUCAAAUGUGUUUGGCUGCACUUGUUUUGCAGUAUCGAUCCCAUUUCUGAAUAUAAUAAUUGGAUUGUUAGUAUUUAUGAAUGUAAUACAAAUUUGCAAUGAUGCCGAUUUUGAAAUCAAGUACCAAACCUGGACAUUAGAGGCAGAAUCAGUUGAACUCUCUGGGUUUAUACUUCAAUCUAUUCAUGAUGACAUGUUGCUGGCUUGUUAUGAUUUUGUUUCUUCCCAACUUAGUACAAUAUUGGUCUACCAAUGCACACUUUUACUGCCCUAGUUUGAUCUACUUACGGACAAGCUACUGCUAAUCUUGCUAUCAAUCAGGGAGUUUCAGAUAUUUAUGGAAAUUUUGUUAAUUUUCUAGUUUUCGUUAAUUUUCAAACACAGUGGAGGAAAUGCAUUUCCCAAUCGAUUUUCGUUGAUUUUCCAUUUCAUUUUCUUUUGUAACUGUAGAUUUUUGUUUAGAGAACCAGUAGUGUUGUAAGUACUGGAAUGACCGACCAACCCUCUAAGAUGGGAGUGCUGUUGAUGUAAAUCUCGAGUCUGGAUGUGUGGUGCUAUCUAGGGUGAGAGUGGAUAGAAGUCCCUCACAUGUGAAUUACGAUAUACAGCCAUUAGAUGAUAAUAAUAAUAAUAAAUUAUACAUUCUAAGCAGUUUACCCAAUUCUUGUGAUGAGAGAUUUGCAAAGAAGUUUAUUUCACUCAAACAUCAAAGUCAGAUUGUGAAUGGUAUACAUUCACAAUCAAGAACCCUAGUCAUCACGAAAUACAUUGAAGAAUGAUAAGAUCUGUUGCACAUCGGUUUUUCUAGCUGUGUGGUAAGCAGUUCUGCCAAAGCCACAAAAUUCUUCAAUUAUUGUUGAAGAAUCAUUAUUAUUAUUAUUAUUAUUAUUAUUAUUAUUACUAUUAUUAUUAUUAUUAUUAUUAUUAUUAUUAUUAUUUCAUCAGUGAGGUUGGAUUCACCUGUUGAAGUACAAUUGCCGAGAAAAAUUGAAACAUUUAGAUUGGCAGUUCUGUUCACUUCAGUCACAAUAAUUCUCUCAUUUGUUCUGGUAGCAUGAUGAUUGAUAAUGACGAUUUGGGACAUAAUUGUUGGUACUCUUUUGAAGACCCUUUUCCUCCGCCAAGUUCUUCCCCAACAUACAAGUUCACAGUCAUUGCCACCGUGAACCCUUGUGAGUUUAUUUUUAUUUAUUUUCAUUUUGUUCUUGAAAUCCAGUGCAUGAAGUAGUUUGUUAUGAUGUUGCAUUUUGUGACAAGGAUUUGACUGUAAGUCAGUUCUGCUGGCAUUUUGUGGGAUAACAUACAUAUACCUUUGCUCAACAUGAAAAGAUCCAUCUGUGUAAUCAAAGUUUUCCCCUCAUUUAUAAUUUUGAUAUGUGGUGUGACCCACUUGUUGUUUAUGUGAGUGAAAAGGCUAGUUUUCUAUUGGUAAAAUUGAUAAAACUUACCUUUUUUGUGUUUUAUUUGAUAGAUUUAGACCUGAAGGUACUUGGCUGUUUGUUGGGUCGUGUUAAUUCUUAUCAUGCUUGUUUUUUCUUGUUAGUUUAGUUAAAUAUAUGAUACACUGUAAUUUUUUACGUUCAUGGUUUGUGAAAUCCUUUCAAGUUUAUCAAUUUUCGAUGGAUUGUAAUGUGAAAAGUCAAGUGCUGUUGAACAAAGGUUAUUUUACUUGACAUAUGUCUCUGGUUCCAUUUACGUCUUCCUUUUGCUCAACAAAUAAAAUGUAUAAAAUGGAGCAUAAGGGGUACACCAGAUGAAGAACUCUAAGCUUUGCAAGAUUUCUUCAGGCAAUAGCUAGACAGAGCAAUAACUCAUACCCACCAAAGUAAAGAGUCAGAACAGAAAACUUGAUAUAUGUCAACAUCUAAAAAGAUUGCUGUGAACCAAAUGUGGCCUUGCACGGGUUGGGAUCCUCUGCAGUGACAUUUUUUCUGCAGUGAGAUCCUAGUCAUUCAUUGUGUUUACGAUUCCUGUCCGGCCUUGCACCUUCCUCAUUGCAUAUCCAGGUUCAAAUUACUUGAUUGAAUCACCUAUAUCCAGGUUCAAGUAACUCUUCAUUGGGUCUCUUGCAGCCAACUUUGACAAAUAUAACAGUGUUUGAACUUUUCAAGCAAUUCAUUUGAAUUGUCAUCAAUAGUAUAUAGUUUUUUGAA